UUCGCCCGACGCUGUCAGGAACCAGGAAACUUUGGGCUGUCAGAGAGCAGUGUUGUAGAGCUCGGAAAAGACUCAACAGAGAUUAGUCCGGGAUACAAUUUAAAGGGAACUUUAGCGAGAAAGCUUCGGGUCCUUCUGUAAACUAGUACACCAUGUCAGGAGAGCGGAAAUUCGUGAACCCGUUCCCCAGACCCCGCUGUCUGUCUGCAGCCGCGGCCGGUGGGAAGACAAAACUCACUCACCCGGGAAAAGCCAUUUUAGCGGGUGGAAUCGCAGGAGGGAUUGAAAUCUGCAUCACUUUUCCGACAGAGUAUGUGAAGACCCAGCUGCAGUUGGACGAAAAAGCGAACCCACCACGCUACAGAGGAAUCGGUGAUUGUGUGAAGCAGACGGUGCAGGGCCAUGGGGUGAAAGGGCUGUACAGGGGCCUUAGCUCGUUACUCUAUGGCUCCAUCCCCAAGGCUGCUGUAAGGUUCGGUAUGUUUGAGUUCCUCAGUAACCAGAUGAGGGACGAGUCUGGGAAGCUGGACAGCACCCGAGGUCUGAUCUGCGGCCUGGGCGCCGGAGUAGCCGAGGCUGUACUUGUGGUGUGUCCUAUGGAGACGAUAAAGGUUAAAUUUAUUCAUGACCAGACCUCAGCAAACCCCAAGUACCGAGGCUUUUUCCACGGCGUCAGGGAAAUAGUCCGAACACAAGGAAUUAUGGGGACAUAUCAGGGAUUGACAGCUACAGUAUUAAAGCAAGGAUCAAACCAGGCAAUUCGCUUCUUUGUUAUGACCUCCUUGAGAAACUGGUACAAAGGUGACAACCCUAACAAACCCAUAAACCCUGUUUUGACUGGAACUUUUGGAGCCAUAGCCGGAGCCGCCAGUGUGUUUGGAAACACGCCGCUUGAUGUGAUUAAGACCCGAAUGCAGGGCCUGGAAGCGCACAAAUAUAAAAACACUGUGGACUGUGCCUUGAAGAUUAUGAAACAUGAAGGGCCUGCAGCUUUUUACAAAGGUACUAUUCCGAGACUUGGACGUGUGUGCUUGGACGUGGCUAUCGUGUUUGUGAUCUAUGAAGAGGUGGUCAAAGCUCUUAACAUAGUGUGGAAGACAGAUUAAUGCUGAGAGUUCAGGAAAGGCAGCUCAUGGAACACGGCCAGACCUUCAUAACGUUGCAGUGACACGGGGAAUAUGAGAAACGAUGUCAUUCGGGCAAAGCAACAUCAUUCGAUCUACUGUACGAAUGAGUUUAAAUACUCUAUUUAAUUAAAACCAAGAGAAAAAAAAAACACAUUUCCCCCCAAAAAUGUGAUGUAUAAAAUACUUGAACAAUUGAUCUAAGUGGUAAAAAAAAAUGCAUUGGUAUUCAGUAGUAAUAUCUUUAAAAAGCCAAAUUAUUAUAAGGUAGAGGGAUAAAACUGGCUUUUUUUUUUUUUACUGGCUUUUUUUAUUUUUGAAUGUCAUAGUUUUAUUUCUAGUAUUUUAGCCUUUUUAAUUUUAUAUUUCUAACUGCCAAUUGAAAGCUUAUGAAUCUAAUUACUUUGCCAUUAUGUUUAUUUUUUUAAUCAGUUGGUGUUAUCUCAUGUAAAGACACUAAAUAUAUAAAUAUGCAGUGGUAAAGACAAAAAAAUAUUUUUUGUCAUUGCACAGGAGUGCAGCAUGUGUUACAGCCAUGAAAAAUGUUUAAUUCAAAUUUCGAUACAAAUAUAACAAAUUAUCAUUAUAGUAGUAGUAUUAGUAAUACGAAGAAGAAUUAUAACAGUAAUGAAUUAAUGUUAAUAUUAAUGCUUAAAGCCAACUUUAAUUCAUUAUUAGCAUUGUAACAGUGUAAUUACACUUAAAAUAUUUAUGCACUAAGCCACAACAACAACAACAAUAAUAAUAAUAAUAAUAAUAAUAAUAACAUCAUUCUUCUAUUUAAGCAUUCUAAGUACGUAUGAGUUUUCAGCGGCGUUUUACAGUAGCCUGGGUGUUCUAUGAUGAUAUUCUAUGAAAAAGUGUUUGCUCACUUAAUUAUUUAUUUAUUUUUCAAUUUCAAGGACUGACAAGUUCUUGGAUCCAAAGACUAACAGAACACUGAACCAUUCUGACACACCACCAAAGCGUUUACCUCCCAGAAACACACAUUCCUCUGUAUCUCCAGUAAAUACAUGCACUUUUCAAAACCUUAAUGGAUUUGGUACUAAUUUGUGAAGUAAAGUAAUGAGUUUACUUUAAGUGCCUGACCAGUAUUUACUAGUGCUCAUGAUCAGUGUGUAGCUUUUCUCUUAAACUUUGUUUUGCAAGGAACAAUGGUGCCAAGUUUUUCUUAUUUACCAUCAUCAUUAUGAUCAUUAUUUCAUAAAUAUUAGGGAUGGGGAUGGGAAUAAUCAGGGACCCAAAACGGGAUAAUCACGAUAACUAUAUGCUGAAUUGAUUUAUAUUGCGAUUCUGUAAGUAUCCCAAUUUUAGAAAUACCCUUAUUUAAUAUUAUGGACAUUUACUUUUAGAUGAAUUUGUUCAAGUUCUGAAAAGAACAUUGCUCCUACUGUACCACACAGAAAAACUGUACCAGUUCAAUUGUGUGAAUAGUUUAGAGCACGCCACAUGUAGGAUUGUAGAGGAACAGCAACAUUUAUAAAUGAGUGAUAAAUAAAUCGCCAUACAAAUGAAUCGUCAUGCAUUACUGAAUUUACCCCCCAUCUCUAAUAUAUACUGUACCCACAACCUAGGGGACUGUUAAUAGUGCUGUUCGCUAGCGAGGGGUUGUAUUCAGUCGAAAUUAGAUUUGAAAGAUUUAUUGUUUUGAUAGAAAUAAAUGUUAAUAUGAUAAGUUAUGAUUUCAAAAGCUGUCCAGUAAUGCUUGUUUUGAAAAGCUGGUCAUGGAUCUGAAAUUGCCUUAAAUUGUUUCUUUCCGAGUGCCAUCAUCAGAUUUCACACCUUUUCCUACCUCAAGAGAUUCCCCACAAUUCACAGUGUCAAGAAGGAAAGGUUAGGUGUAAAGAAAUCAUAUCUGUCUCAGUGUCUCCUUUACUUAGACUGUAUAUGUAAUACGCUAUAUCACUAUAUACGUAUACAUAUACAGAUUGAAAUGUCUUUGGCAAAUGUUAAAAAAAGGUGGCAUUUUUGUGACAUGAUGCGAAAGCAAAUGCAGAACUGUAGAUGUUUGUGCUACUUCAUGUUGUGUGUGAUAUGGGAGCAUAACACUGUGUUUAGUCUUAUAUGUUAAAGAAGAAUAUUUGUGCCUAAUAUAUGGUUGUCGGCUGUAUUAAAAUGUUUAUACCUUAAAAAAUGUAUGCUGUGUUAGUGUUGGUGUUUUAUUCUGCUCACUAACUCUUCACCAUGGUUCUGUGUGUGCAUUUGUAAUGUUUCCCUUCAUGACCAAUGAUCUUUAUAAGACAGUAUGAUGAUGGAGUGACACACCAGAUGUCAUGGGUGAUUGUAUCAAAUUAAUAGUGAAAAGAAAUGGUUUUCAUCCAAGACUGAAAAAAUGACACAUUUAUAUUAUAUUGAAAUUAUUUUUUAGUUUUUAUUUAUCAUACAAUGUGCCUUUAAUUACAUUUUUAAUUUUCAAUAAAUCUUAG